AUGUUGCGGUGGUGGUGCUUUAUCUUAUACUACUAGAAUAGUAGGUCAUGAGAAAUUUUUGGAUAUUGCGACGUGCGGCACUCAAAAAAUAUGUUUUAUGGUGUUUUGGUCAACAAUAUGGUCAAAGUGUCAAAAAUACAUCAAAAAUUUACAUAUUUGGAAACAUUAUGACUGUGUUUUAUUGUUAUAUUGUAUUAGUUAUGUGCUGUUUUGUGGGUGGAUUGGCAACAUUCACGACGAAAACAGAUCCAUCAUCACCUGGACUAUCAAAUAAUAAUCAUAUAAGUAAUGUACAUAUUAAAAAUGAGCACUCGAAUAAAGACUUACUCUCUAAUUUACGAUUAAUAAUACCACCAAGUCAUAUUGCAUUAAGUGGUGAUCUGCAUGUCCAAAUAUGGUAUAUGGGUCGUGGAAUCCCUACAGAUAAUCAAGAUGGAACAGAUUCAUCAAAAAAUAUAAUAUGGCCACAAAAUUUAGUAUUAGAUAUAUCACGACAAGAUGAUGAUAUUAAUAUACAACUUUUAACUACAAUACAAAUAUUACCGGAUGCAAGGGCAUUAAAUGCAAAUGUAACAACAUUGAAAUUACCAUGUGGAAUAUUUUCGCGUGGUGGACCAUAUAUUUUACAUUUAACGACACGAGCGAAAGGUGUUAAUGUUUCGGAUGUUGAAGAUGUGGGGAUCACUAAACAAUUAGAUGUGCGAUGGCCAUCACCACGUUUAUCACUUACACCGGAGCAUGUACAAACUUAUCCGGAAGGUCCAGUUACUGCAAUUUUAGAAUUUCCUGAAGUAAUAUGUCCACCCGUUAGUGAAAAAGUACCAACAGCAAUACCAGAAUUUUGGUUGGAGCUACAUUUUUGUGGUCCAUCGUUAGUUACUUGUGAUGAUCGACGUAUGACCUCGAAUACAUUUGAUAAUGCAUCGACAGUGAAUCAAGGCAGUAAUAGUGGUUCAUCUUCACCGUCAACUCAGAUUUUAUAUUCAGAACAAGUACGUGGUUUCCCUGGACGACGUGUCGUUGUACUACGGUGUGAACUAUUUGGUUUAGCUGGUCAUUAUGCAUUAGUAUUACGUCCAACAUCAAAUGCAAUGCCAUCGGUUACGAGUACAGCUGUUUAUCUGAAGGCUGAUUGGAGUGAGCAAUUUGUAUUUAACGUACAUGCACGCAGUAUAUUUCCAUGCGAUUCGCUAGGCGGUGGUGUCCCAGUAUUAUUCCAAUAUCCAGCAUGUAUUUUACAACAAGGUGACCGUAUACGUUUAUAUGCUAAAUUACGUGCGGAUGUUACAUCAUUAAUACCACCAACAUCAUUAGAAUAUGUUGUGGAACAGAAAUUUACACGUGGACAACAUACAUUGUACUUUGAUUGUGAUUUAUUUGUAGAGCGUUAUGUUGAAUAUUGUUUUGUUUAUGUGAGUCAAGCGAUUACGGGUGCGGUAGCGGAUGUACGAAUGGAUUGUGUACCAACGUUACCGGUUACAGAUUCAGAAACAGGUGGAUGGGGUGAAUGGAGUGAAUGGACACCAUGCACAACAACAUGCGCUGGUGGAACACGAAAUCGUCAUCGAUUUUGUGAUUCACCACCCCCACGUUACGGUGCAAAGUUUUGUGAAGGUCCGGCAGUACAAACCGAAAAAUGUGGCCAUGGUGAUGGUGCCACAGAUUGGGAAUGUAUGUAUGGUGGUGGAAAUAGUGUGAAUGGUGAUGUACCCGCAGAUCGUCCUGAAGUAAAAGCUGAAAUUGGCCCAGGUUGUCGAUGUGGAUGUGUCGUACAUUUAGGUCAAUCAAAACCACGUCGAUUGGUUGCUACUUCAUCACAAAGUUGUCCUGGCCGUACAUUCUGGUUAAUACAGGCUGACCACGAUCACGUUAUACGUUUCAAAGUGGAUCAUUUUCGUUUACCAUGUGGUAGUCAAUGGCUAAAAGUCCGAGAUGGUAGCAGUUUAUCAUCAAAAUUAAUUUCGCAGCUAGUUGGUACACCAUACAGUGCCCCACCAGCAGUUGUUUCAACAGGGCCGUACUUAUUAUUAGAAUUUUUCUCCGAUGAAUUAAUGGCUGCCGGUGAAAUAUGUGGUGGUGGAUUUUUAGCACAUGCACAACAAAUUUUACAUACAAAUUCGAGUAGUUAUGUAAUACCAGUGGCUCAAGGUGCAAUAUUGAUGGCAUCUGUACCACCAACCAAUGUAAAAUUAACAACUGUACAUAUUGUUGCAUUAAUAUUUGUUAGUGUUGUGUUUAUUGUAUCAGCUGGACUUAUUGCACAAUAUAUAUUACGAUAUCGAAAAUAUCAAAUUGCUGAGGAUUUGGAUUCAUUUGCUGACAUAUCAGGUUCGGAUUCAACCGGUAACAUUGCUGUACCUGUACGAACCAGUUCCAGCACUACACUUCUAUCCGAAGUAAUUUCGUUGACACGCCUUCGCCCAAGAUUAAAAUCCAAUAAUAAGCACAUUCGGUUGCGAGAGUCCGUGGAUUGUGAAGCUGUCCUCGCCACUGAAGAAGUAAUUGAUGAAGAUGGGGAUACGGAUACACAAGUCGAAGAUGGUUGUAGCAUGGGCAGUACCAAAACGUUACAACAACCUAGUGGAGAGCAAACUGUAACAACGGCUCUAAUUUCGAAUGAAAAUAAACCAGAAACUAAAAAUACUGAAUCAAAAUCAGAAACAUCAAACUCCAACCAAAGUAGCAUACCGAAUUCACCUAAAUCAUCACCUUUACGACGAUCAAACACAUUUUCAUCUCCUCGUGGAUCACCAAGUCAUAAAGCAGCAGCAAACCACAAAUGUCGACAUAAAUGUAAAUCAGAUAAUGUUAGUCCAGAAAAUAUUCCAACAGAAAGUAAUACCACAAAACAACCCACAAUGAUACGACGUCAUAGUAAUGUCAGUAAUAUAACAUUAACUAACGGAUGUUAUUCACCUGCUUUGAGUACAGUAAGCCGUGCAACAAUUCGCACAACCUCAAAUCCCAAAGAGAGUAAAGAAAAGCGCAAUCGUGAGCGAUUAUUAGCUGGCCCCGGUUCUGAAUUUUCCCUGGGUCCUGACACUGAUUUAGAAUUAGAUUAUUACGAUUAUAAUGUUGUUAAUGCUGGAGCUGCCCCUGGUUCAUAUUUAGGUAUGGACCCAGCAUUUUUAGUUUGGAUUCCACCUUUGGACGAUUCGGGCGAAAUAUUGGACACAAUAGAUAAUAAUCAACAAUUAUAUGAAGAUAUUCGCCCGAAAGAAUUUGUGGAUCCAGGUAGUAACACUGAAUCUCCUGAAGAAGAAAUAGUUAUGUUACCGAUAAAACAAGUUGAGAAAAAUGUGAAAAAUUAUUAUCGUGAAAGUUUAAAUAAUAUACCAAUGCAAGAGUUUCGGAAAUGUGGACGCGGUAAAAAGAUUUAUGAUAUUGAGAAAGAAAUCCGCGUUGAGAAAUCACCUAGUGAUGACGAUGAAUUUACGGAAAUGAGUUCAAUGUUAAACGAUGAAAUAAAAUUUGCUGAUGAUGAAGACGAUGAUGAAAUUGAUGAUAAAAAUGAGAAAAACAUUUAUCAUAACUCAACAUAUCAGCAACAAGAUACCAAUAUUUUAACAAAUUGA